AUGGCUAAACUAAAUAAAGAAGCAGUGGGACAAUAUAACUUUGUAGUUGCUGAUGACACUUUAAAAGGAAGAAAUGCCUUCAAGCCAUCUUAUGAUGACGUGAAUAAAGAUGCAAGCGUCGAACUCAUUGUGAAACAUCCAAAACACCUUCAACUUGUGAAAUUGGAACCUCCAAAAUUAUUUGAAACGAAUUAUCACUCCGAUUUCCGACCGCCACCAAAAGAAAAUUUAAUUUAUCACACAAUUGAUGAAUCUAAGAAGUACUCGAUAUACAAUCAAAGACAGAAGUUACGAAGUGCUCCAACCGGACCGCCUGCUCGUGGUAAGAAAAUCGUUUCCAAAUCGAGGGAAUUCAACGAUUUUGUAACAAACAAAAAUCGAGUUUUGAAAAGUUUGAUCGAUAAAUCUAAAGGAGACGGCUCCAUACGACAACCUUUUCAUGCGAGAGCAAGAACUGCGGAACCGGCAGUGGCGAAAGAAAGUGGAAUAACCAGAGAACAAGAAAGAAAAACUGCUGACUUUCAAAGAGCGAUUGUGCAAGGCCGACCUGAUUGGAAACAUAAAGAACCGAAGAGUUACGAUGUUUUGAAUCCUGAAAAACCGGAUCAACUUCGAGAAACAAACCCGUACGGUGCCAGGAUGGAAAAUAUGCAAGAAUCAGUGGCUCAGAGGUACAUGGAAGACGAAGACUAUUCCACGCGCAGUAAUACUUCAAUGUCUAUAUUGAGUGACAGACUAUUCGUUGAUAGCCGUCCACAGACAAUGCAAAGUGCUAGAACAUCCCGGCUAAGUGGGAAGGCAUCGGCGAUUGAAAGGGCAUCGAAUACCGAUCCGAUUGAACUGAUGAAUCAAUUGACAACAAUACAAGAAGAGGAUGAAGAUGGUGACGUCAUAGCAACAAGACGGUCUCAAUCGAAAUCACAUGACGUUCAAGGGAGAUCUCGGGUAUUAAAUAGGAAGCCAAAGAGCAAGCCCGUAAAUUUAUAUGUCAAAAAGGUUCCGGAUAAAAGGUUUUACAGACCGUCGAAAAUUCGCCAAACUCCAAAUGAAAUGAACCAAUAUAAGAAAAUGCGAAACAGAACAUUUUUUAAACCAUUGGAACAAGCUAUUCCAGAAAAAGAUUUCACCGAUCAUGAAACUAAGUAUCAACCGGAAAGGCAACUUCUGCAGGAUGCAAGAUGGAAGAUCAGACAAGAUCUAAAAGAUGUGAGAACAAAAAACAUCAAUAGUUUAGUUGACAGGUUUGCCCAAAGAGCGCAAUUAAAAAAUGAAGAGAAUAGAGGAAGGCUUGGACUUCCGACAUACGCAGGAAGAGAUCCAGUCAGCAUCUACAAACUUCGAGACACAAUACCGAAGGGAAAUCUGCCCCAAACAGAUAUCAAUGUCACCCUUCCAGUUCGAAGAAGAAUAACUCCGUCCAUUGGAUCAGUACAGAGGGCACGAAACUUGAGCACUUAUGCAAAUGUUUGGAAUCAACCGUCCGCUCCACCGAAUUGGGGACCACAAAAAGUUGACCAUGGAUUAUUUUUACCCCCAAUGGCAGUAAAUACUUGAAUAGAAUGCAAUUUUUGCA